CUCCGAAAAGGUUCAGCAUACCACUGGGAUCUUUUGAUAGUCGGCCUUAUUAAUAGUGUGCUCUCUCUUUUUGGUCUUCCUUGGAUUCAUGGAGCACUCCCACAUUCCCCAUUGCAUGUUAAAGCGUUAGCCGAUAUGGAGGAAAGAAUUGAUAUGGGUCAUCAUGUGCGACAGACGUAA